AUGAGGCAAUCGGUCACUUGUAGUGCAAUCGAUGUCCCCAUGUUGCCAUGCACAAGCUCCUCUCUGAACCAUCUAAUUACUGAGGAUGGAGAUCAAGAAUUCGAGCCUGUAAUCAAACGGAAUAUAGCAUCAGCAACGCUCCCAGUAUUUAGGUCCCACACCAUAUUAACACUUGAUCAGGAAAGGAAGAGGAGGCCUACCAAGCACGGAAUUCGUUCUCCUUUAUGUUCAUCUUUGCACCUGCUCACGUAA